GCAGCACAUGAGCUCAACGGCAGCAGAGGAAGUCUCCGGCAGCAGCGUGGAGAUGUCGGACCCGGCAGCGCAGGCCUUACAACCCCGGCUUCUACAAACCCAGUCCGCUGGGUCGGCGGGGUCCGGUAGUGCAGCGACAGGCUCCGGGUCGGGCAGUAGCGACCCGGUUAGGCCGGGACUGAGCCAGCAACAGCGCGCUAGCCAGAAGAAAGCCCAAGUUCGAGCUUUCCCACGGGCGAAAAAGCUCGAGAAACUUGGCGUAUUCUCCGCAUGCAAGGCCAAUGACACAUGUAAAUGCAACGGAUGGAAAAACCCAAACCCUCCGUCGGCCACCCGUCUGGACCUGCAGCAGCAAGCAGCCAGCCUGAGCGAGCCCUGCCGCAGCUGUGGACAUGCUCUGGCUGAGCACGUGUCUCACCUGGAAAAUGUGUCUGAGGAGGAGAUCAACAGGCUGCUGGGAAUGGUGGUUGAUGUGGAGAACCUGUUCAUGUCUGUGCACAAAGAGGAGGACACGGAUACCAAACAAGUGUACUUUUACCUCUUCAAGCUGCUGAGGAAAUGCAUCCUUCAGAUGAGCCAGCCUGUUGUGGAGGGAUCCCUCGGAACACCACCUUUUGAAAGACCCAACAUUGAGCAGGGAGUUUUGAAUUUCGUUCAGUAUAAGUUCAGCCACCUGGCUCCAAAGGAAAGACAGACCAUGUUUGAGCUGUCAAAGAUGUUCCUUUUGUGUCUCAACUACUGGAAGCUCGAGACGCCGACACAGUAUCGCCAGCGCACCCAAAAGGAUGACGGGGCGGCGUAUAAAGUGGACUACACCAGGUGGUUGUGCUACUGCCACGUCCCGCAGAGCAACGACAGCCUGCCGCGCUACGAAACCACGCACGUGUUCGGGCGGAACCUGCUCAAGUCCAUCUUCACGGUGACCCGGCGCCAGCUCCUGGAGAAGUUCAGAGUGGAGAAAGAUAAACUGCUGCCAGAGAAACGCACACUUAUACUCACACACUUCCCUAAGUUCUUGUCGAUGCUGGAGGAGGAAAUCUACGGAGAGAACUCCCCCAUUUGGGAGGCCGACUUCACCAUGCCGGCCUCAGACGGCACACAGCUGGGGCAUCAGACAGUCAUCAGUCCGGCAGCAGUGUCUGGUUCUCCUGCUCUGUCCAAGUCUCUGAGCAGCGGCUCGUCCACCAUGGACUCUGGAGGGGUGGAGCCUAUCCCGGGGGAGAAGCGGAAACUACCGGAGGCGUUAACAUUGGAGGACGCCAAGCGGAUCCGCGUGAUGGGAGACAUUCCUAUGGAGCUGGUCAACGAAGUCAUGAUGACAAUCACAGAUCCGGCCGCCAUGCUGGGUCCAGAGACGAAUCUACUAACGCCUAAUGCUGCCCGCGACGAGACUGCCAGGCUGGAAGAGAGGCGCGGCAUCAUCGAGUUCCACGUCAUCGGAAACUCCCUCUCCCAGAAGUCCAACAAGAAGAUCUUGAUGUGGCUUGUGGGUCUUCAGAAUGUCUUCUCUCACCAGCUGCCCCGCAUGCCCAAAGAGUACAUCACGCGGCUGGUGUUUGACCCGAAGCACAAAACCCUCGCCCUUAUCAAAGAUGGCCGCGUAAUCGGAGGCAUCUGUUUUAGGAUGUUUCCCACUCAGGGCUUCACCGAGAUCGUCUUCUGUGCCGUCACUUCCAACGAGCAAGUGAAGGGCUACGGCACCCACCUGAUGAAUCACCUGAAGGAGUACCACAUCAAACACAACAUCCUUUACUUCCUGACUUAUGCCGACGAGUACGCCAUCGGCUACUUCAAGAAGCAGGGGUUUUCCAAAGACAUCAAAGUGCCCAAGAGUCGAUACCUGGGAUACAUCAAAGACUACGAGGGAGCCACGCUGAUGGAGUGCGAGCUGAACCCCAGAAUUCCCUACACGGAGCUUUCUCAUAUCAUAAAGAGACAGAAGGAGAUAAUUAAAAAGUUAAUUGAGAGGAAACAGAGUCAGAUCAGGAAGGUUUACCCAGGUCUCACGUGCUUCAAAGAGGGCGUGCGGCAGAUUCCAGUGGAGAGCAUUCCAGGCAUAAGGGAGACGGGCUGGAAACCAAGCAACAAGGACAAAAGUAAAGAGGUGAAAGACCCGGAUGUUCUGUAUAACACCCUGAAGAACCUCCUGGCCCAGAUCAAGACUCAUCCAGACGCCUGGCCCUUUAUGGAACCAGUGAAGAAGUCCGAAGCUCCAGAUUACUACGAGAUCAUCCGCUUUCCUAUUGACCUGAAAACCAUGACAGAGAGGCUCAAAAACAGAUACUACGUGACCAAGAAGCUCUUCAUCGCCGACCUGCAGCGAAUCAUCAGCAACUGUCGCGAGUACAACCCUCCAGACAGCGAGUACUGCAAGUGUGCCAACACCCUUGAGAAGUUCUUCUACUUCAAAUUAAAAGACGGAGGCCUCAUUGACAAGUGAAGAGACUCGCCGCCCCCAUCACAUCUCAUAUCUGAGUUCAUAAAAAUAAUCAUAAAUGAAGAAACAGCUGAGAGCCAGUUAAGACAUCACAAGUGUCAUUUGCAUUUUGCAAACCUGAAUAUUACUCGCGUUGCAUUAAGUGUACCAAAGUUUCAGGUCUGAGUCAUAAAACUGUCACAUUUCAACGGUGCAUCCGUUUUUAUUUUGAAACAUUGUUCUAGUUUUGUCUGCAUAAAAUACGUCUGUAUUUGUUCACGAUUCAAGAAAAAAAAACCUUCGGACCUAAAGCCAUGUUGCCUUCUGUUACUGACGGACACUUGAACAUCGCAGACAGUCUCCAGGAUGUGAAGAAAAAUACGGUGCAGAUGAAAUGUACACGCAUCUUAAUCAGUCAUUUCAUUUAAAAAAAACUCCUGAUUUUUAUUUUUAUUUUGAGUGUAGCUCUAUUAUUUAUAUGUUUGACGUAAAACCAGACAGUUUUUGUAACGUUCUGAAAGUAAAUGUCGAAAAACAGAAAUCAAACCGUUCCUUUGUGCCAAACUUGUUCUCAUUCCACUCUGUGAGCUCACAUUUGACCAGUGAUUUGAUUUUAUUUUUUAGCACUUUUUACACACAUUAAAAAAAAAAAAAUGUGCAAGAAGAGGGAGAAGCUGCAGUUGUGAAGGUCUUGUUUUUUGCUUCUUUUUUAAGACACAAUACAAACUGAAGUGGUUGAAAAUGCAUGAUGGUUUACAUUUAUAUAUAAAAAAAAUCUAAUUUUGUUGCUACAAAUGCUCCUUUUUGUUUUAUUUUUGUACUUCUUACUUACGAGGUGUUCUCUUGUGCUUCCUGGGAUUUCCCACUUCUUUCAAGGGAAUUGUUGUCAAAUGCUGAUUGAGUCAGUAUUUUUUUUUUUUAUUAUUCAUUUUAUUUAUUCUGCACGAGUCAGUUUUGUACUUGAACAAACUCAUGAAAUGUGUUGCUUCAUUCAGGGUUAUAUUACUAGUAUCGUUCACACAUUCUGCUUUGUAGAUUUUGGAGUUCUUGACGACAUUUACUGUAAUAUCUUUUUUUUUAAAUUGUCUGUAAAGGUAAUUUCCAACCUCUCAGGUAACGGAAUAAUUAUCGACAACACAAAACAUGUAUGAACACGAGUCACGGGGAGUCCACGGGUGUAUUCCAGCUGCAGAAGUCAUGCCUAAACCAAAUAAAGUCAGCACAGUUAAAUCAUC